AUGGCAUUAUUUAAAUCUACGCCGAUCCGGAUCAAGUCUCCGCUAUCAAGAAACAAGAAACCAAAUAGCGAGGAUAUAGACAACUUGCUGCUUUCUGGAGAGAGAUCCGAUGGAAGCGAAGGAAGCAGAAGCGAUGCAAGUAGAAGCUACAAUAGCAGUAGCGGCAGUGGAAAAAGCAACGACAACUUUGUAUUGGGCAACGACGAAGAAGUCUCUGUAACUUCAGCCGAAAAUAGUCCUGAUGCACCUUUACCACCACCAUUACCAUUACCACAACAACAACAACAUCAAUAUCAACAUCAACAACAACUACAACAACAAGAACCAAAAUCAUCCUUCAACGAAGAGCUUGUGAAGUUCAAACCUAUAGAUACACUUAUCAGAGCCAACCAAAUACGCACAUAUUGCCAUGGCGCAUUCCAGAUUCUAGGCGAGGGCGAUGUAUGGAUCGAAGUCUAUGCACAACUCGUCGGACAACAGUUAACAUGGCAGAUUUCAAGAGCAGAUGUCGAUGUCGAUAUUGAUGAUGAAUACAAGUUUAGAACCUUUGAUAUCAUGGAUGCCAAGUACGAGGUGAUUAACAACUUGCUCGCAUUCAAGGAUGUUACGAUAAAUUUCCACAAGGGAGAUUUGGUGAAAUGGCUUAGUGCAAUUGCCUUGUCCAAGUUUGAAUACGUCAAGUUGAACGAAGCAUUCACUGCGGUUUUGUUGUCUGCAAGAGGCUCCAAAUUACUGGACAUCCACGUUUUGUUAUCACACAAAAAGAGGUUUCCUCAUUUCGAUUGGUGCAAUAUCAGAUUGCCCGAAGUGUCGCCUAAAUGGAUCAAAGUAUACAUGGUGAUUUUACCCAGCGACAAACACCACCUUGGGCGCAUCGAGUUUUACCCUUCUGACAAAAAAAUGCACAAAAAGUACCUUAUUGCAUAUAUAUCCGACUUGGCCCACAUUUACAAUGUGUUUCCAGAACAACUCAAUCUCGUUGAACUGAAUUCGAUAAUGAAUGCCUUGGGCAAUGUUCACGUGAGCAAAAAAUUCGAACACGUUUUCCCCUACUCCCAAACAUCGAACCUGAAUCCACAAUUGCAACUGCAAGAACCACGAAAGAUUAUCGCCAAGAACCAGUCGAUCUCAAGAUCAGAUUCGAUCAAAUCUCUUUCCUCAAUGGCUUCUUUAAACUCCAUCUCCUCAUCAGGCUCCCAAACUAGAUCCAGGUCCAGAUCAAGAUCGGGAUCUGUAAACUCAACAAGUUCAUUUUUCAAUCAAGCCAAUCCCAAAACACACGCAAGAACAAGAUCAGACACCACCAAUUCCUUUGAUAUGAGCAAAAAUGACUCUUCAUUUUUCAAGAAACAUAAAGAUGCAUUUGUCCCCACUAGUCUGAUCUAUAUAAUGCCUGUACCACACCCUGGUGUUGAUGCUGCUGAGACAAUGAUUAGAAACUUUAUACCAGCAAUUGAUGCAUUUAAAUUGUAUGGUAGACCCAAGCAUUUGCUCAGUGAAAAAGCCAACCCUGACUCGAUGUUGUUUGGCUACCCAUCUUUGCCACACUAUCAGUACUUGUCGACAACAGAGGCCCAUAAUGCGUUUGCCCAGCAGUACCACAUCCAAAUGAAUCAGUUUCAGAUGGAGGAUAUCAUACAAGACAGGAUAAUGCAGUUGAUGAAUAAGAAACCAUAUCGUGGCUCAGGAAAUGUCGGGAAAUUGUUUGAAAGACAACAACAGCAGCAACAGCAACAACAAUUGCAAGUGCAACAACAGCAACAACAGCAGCAACAAGUUGGGCAGUUGGGGUAUGAUAGCACUAUGAUAUCUCCACCAAUGAGUCCUCAAUUUGAUGAUGUAUCUAGUGUGGAUGACUCGGUUAGAUUUGGCAGUCCCAGGAUUGCAAGUCCAUUAAGGGUUUAA